AUGGCUUCGCGAUCUCGUGAUCUGCCCGACGAGGAGCUCUUUAUGAGCCGACCCGGCCCGGCCGCUGAUGACUGCGACAGCCCGACGGUCGAGCCGCUCAGGAUAUUCAGGCCCCUGAGUCCCAGGACCCAUCCUGCCGACAAGCCGGCGGACCGUUACAAGUUCCCCGCCCCUCCGUCGUCAUCGUCAUCGCCCGCGCCCUCGUCUUCUUCCUCGUCCAAGCCCACCAUCGCCUCGCUACCCCCGCUGCCGUCUUUCCCUAUGUCACUCGGCGCAUCCAGCUCCGCCGCCCCCUUGCCCUAUCCCGACGACGACGGCAACCGCAGGCCUACCCAGGCCUCCAAGCCCUCUCGGCUCCCGUAUCCCGACGACAACCGCAGGCCCUCGCUGCCUCUGAGCACCUCGUCGCAGUCUAGCGAUGGUCCCGGGCGCCUUGUCACAAGCCCUAUCGAUAAGAAGGGCAGCGGUCUUGCCGAGCGGCGCGGUACGGUUCCCAGGCCUCUGCAAAGCCCCGACAGCCCUAGCGUGGACAGGGAGGAGCUCUUCGCAAAGCCCCUGAGGAACCCCGCAGUUUUGGCUGCAUCGGCGCCAUCCGCCGCCCCCGCAGCCACCGCCGCUCCCGCAACCAAGAUAUCUAACGCAUACCAGCAGAAGCCUUACUAUCCUCCGCCGGGCGGUGCCGUCGGCCCCCGCGCUAGCUCGGGGCUUCAAGUUCAGGAGUCCAACAUCAACCGCUUCUCGUCGACUGCCUCAACAUCGACUACUCGUGCGAGUCGUGGGUCGCCUCCUCCCCCUGAGACACCCAUUCUCGAGCCGGGCUCGCUGCCUGGGGGUGGCAUUGAAGCGCGUUAUGCGGCCGCGGGUAUCUCGGGGACCGCAACCCUCAACAGCCUCAGCCUCCAGGCUCCGAGUGCGGCCGCUCAGUCGCGGCUGGCCCAGUAUGGCAGACAGAACUCGAACCCCCCGGCACAGCCUCAGCCGACUCGGCCGUGGACCCCGACUGAAACCCCCGACCAGCAGCCCUUUGGCCCUCCAACAGUGUACCAAGGCGCCGAUCUGGUUGCCAAUCCGCCAGCGCAGCAGAAUUCGUUCAACCUGCCUGCGAACCCCAACCCGGCCUCAGCUACGCCGUCGGGCCCAGCGCUGCAGGUGAGCGUUCUGGAACAGGAUUUUCAGCGCAUGCAAGCCUCGACUCCACCUCCUGCCUACACGAGCGUCAACCCUUCGGCCAACUCGUCGCAAUAUCCCUCGGAGAAGCAGCGGCCAACCCAGGCAAGCCCCAGCGCGAACGCCAAUGCUGGCCCCAAUCUAGCAUCCCACCCGGCAAUGGCCUCGGGUGCCAGGACCUCAGCCCGGCCGGGCCCAAGCUCAAGCCCAGCUCAGGGAAGCUCGACACAAAAGCCCGUGCCGUCUCCCUCUCCGGCGGCUCACCCUGCCGUGGCUUCUUCGUCCUCUCAGCUUGCGGGUCAUCCCGCCUUCGCCAACGACACCAAGCCCGAGGCGGCAACAAAUGGGCAACCAGGGUUAACGCACACCCCCUCGCUUCUUGCGGCUGCUACGUCGCCUCCUCCUCUCCCAGAGGGAUGGAUCGCGCAUCUUGACCAGGUCUCGGGCCAGUACUACUACAUCCAUCUCGCCACCCAGGCCACACAGUGGGAGUUUCCCAAGGGACCCACCCCGCUUCACCAUAAUGAGCCCGUCCCUCUGUCACCGGCAGCAUCGACGUAUGGCAACCCCCUCGGGUCGCCGCUCCUUGGCGGCGGCAAAGCCGGGCUCAAUUCCCCCAUGUUCCAUCCGCAGACUCCCGGAUAUGCCGAGAGCAUCAUGAGCGUUGCGGCCUCGGCCACGCCUUCGACGGCAGGAUUCACCGGGCCUCCCCCAAGCGCCGGUGUUGACGUGUACAAGGUCAUGCCCACAAAUGGCGUCUACUUUGGGCCCUACCUGCGCUAUGUAAACAUGGAUCUUGAAAAGGGCGUUUGGCUGGGCAGCAUCAUGAUUGUGACAGACGCGCCGCAGCCUCCCACAAUCCACAUCCAUCUGAGCGUAGAUCUGUCCCCCAACCCCCGCCAGCUAAUCCCGCGCGGCAUCUACACGCACCAAAGAUGGUCCUUCUACAAGUACGAUAUGGAUUUGCAGAUGUCGGAGCAAGGUACCGAGCGGUGGACAUAUGCCGUGACGUCGCAUCUUGGGUGCACUCGCUACGAGUUUGCCGUGGCCGGCCGCUACGAGGUGGGCUGGCGCAUGAUCGCUCACUCUGGCAACGACUUCUCUCCCAGCACCAAGCAGGAAGAGCGCGCAAAGCUCGGGGGCGUUGGCUUCAUGUGGAAGGAUAUUCUGCAGAAGAACAUUGAAUGUGGCGGCUUUCACGUCCAGCUUGGCCUUGGCGACCAGAUUUACGGAGAUCGGCUGUGGAAGGAAGUCCCCAUCUUGCGGCAAUGGCUGGCAAUGGGAGGGAGAGAAAACCGUAAGACGGCUCCCUGGACGGCGCGGCACGAGGAAGAUGUCUCGCACGCGUAUUUCCACUACUACACCAGCCACUUCGACCAACCAUUUAUGCGCGAGGCCUUUGCCCAGAUCCCGCAUGUCCUGCAAAUUGAUGACCACGAUAUCUUCGACGGCUUCGGCUCUUAUCCCGACUAUAUGCAGUCCUCUGCCAUAUUCAAGAACAUUGGCCGCAUUGCAAUUGAGAUGUACUUGCUGUUCCAACAUCACACGACUGUCGAGAUACUGCGGAAUGUCAGCUCGGACAUGGACCUCUUCACCAUCACGGGGUCCGGGUGGCACUUCCUCAAGUUCCUAGGCCCUGCUGUGGUUGUCGUUGGCCCGGAUUGCCGCUCCGAGAGGACACAGAGCCGUGUCAUGGCUGGGCCUACCUACCAAGGCUUGUUUCCCAAGGUUGCUGUGUUGCCGCCUAGCGUGCAGCACUGCAUCUGGAUGGUAUCUGUGCCGGUGGUAUAUCCGCGUCUGGAGACGGUGGAGACAUUGGCCAACACAUUUGCAACGGGAAAGAAGGCCGUCAACACGACGUACAACCUCCUCGGCAAGGUAACAAGCUCGGUGGCGGGCGUCGUGGGCGGAAAGGAAAUGGUCCAGCACGGCUUCAAGGAGGUCAAGAAGGCGGUUGGAAAGUCCGGGCUCAUGGGCAACGUCCUCAACCAGUUUGGCGAGUUCGACAUUGCCGAGGAGCUGAAGGACCUGUGGACACAUGAGUCUAAGGAUCUAGAGCGGACAUACUUGAUCCGAACUUUGCAAGGGAUCGCCCAGCAAAAGGGCAUCCGGAUGACGUUCUUGUCAGGAGAUGUUAUCUGCUGCGGGGCGGGCAUUGUUCACGACCCAUCGCACCCGAGCGACCACAAGACCAUGUACCAGAUUAUUUCAAGUCCGGUCGUGGCGGCACCGGCAAGCAACUACCUGCUCAAGAUGCUGCACAACAACAAGAUGCUGUACGUACCGCUCAACGGCCACAAGUCGACGCACGAGGUCAGCGACACCAAGGAAGACAUGAUGGAGAUCUUCCACACGGACGCGUCGGGCGCCGCCCGCGAGCACAAGAAGCUCAUGAGCCGCCGCAACUACGUUGCCAUCGUGGCCUAUGACCCCGACGCGCUCAACGGCGGCCAGCAACAGCAGCAGCAGCAGAACUAUGCCGCCAGCAUCGCGAGCGGCCACUCAGGCGGCGGCCACGGCAGCGGCCUCAGCAAGCUAAGCUUGGCCGUCGACUUUGUUGUCCAGGGCGACGGCGCAUUCGCUGCGACGACAAAGUACGGGCCGGUUAUUGUGCCUCAUUUGGAGUUUGGCCACUAG